CGCAAGGAGCGGGCGCACUCUCAGAUCGCCGUCCGCCCGGCUGGGCCCGACGCGCAGGCGCAGGGCGAGAGGCCGCGUAGCGGGAAGGCGGCCCUGGGCCUGUGGGGGCCCGCGGCGGGAUAUUCCAGGGCGGCGAAGGCGGAUUUGCCAUCUUGGGAUCCCAUGGCUUUCUUUACUGGGCUCUGGGGCCCCUUCGCCCACGUGAGCAGAGCACUGAGCCAACGCCGUUUCAGCACCACUGGGAGCCUUGGUGCAAUUCAGAAGAUGACGCGGGUACGUGUGGUGGACAACAGUGCCCUGGGAAACACCCCGUACCAUCGGCCUCCUCGCUGCAUCCACGUCUAUAACAAGAACGGGGUGGGCAAAGUGGGCGACCGGAUCCUGCUGGCCAUCAAGGGGCAGAAGAAAAAGGCGCUUAUUGUGGGGCAUCGUAUGCCUGGUCCCAGGAUGACCCCCAGGUUCGACUCUAACAACGUGGUCCUCAUCGAGGACAACGGGAACCCUGUAGGGACCCGAAUCAAGACACCCAUCCCCACCAGCCUACGCCGGAGGGAAGGCGAGUUUUCCAAGGUGCUGGCCAUUGCCCAGAACUUUGUGUGAGCAGAGCCCAGGCACCGGCUGCCUGGGGGCUCAUGGAUGGAGCCGUUCUGAGAGCUGUGCCUCUGCUGAGAGGGAGCCCGGGGCGCAGUGUGCUGUGAGAAAAUAAAUGUUUUCCUGUA